CAAGGUAAACAACACUAUAAAUUGAUUUUCAGUACCGACAGGAAGAAGAAAAAAGAAAGCAGGCAGCUCCAAAGAGCGAAAACAAGGGUCUUGAUAACUUCCCCAGCACAUACCGGAACCCCAUGUCUUAUGGUGGGGAUGUCAAUGUCGAAGCAUGAGAAUGCCACCCUCCACGAGCUCGCCCUAAUGUAGGAUGAACCACUUCUGGUCAGGUCUGGGACAUGGCCAAGAUCCAUCCCAUUUUAUUCUACCACCUUACGCACCCAAACACACUCCAAGUGCUGGGGUAUAGCUAUGGGUAUGGGCGUGUUAUCCAGCAGCAGACCAAGCUGCAUUGCCUAGCAUGCACUGCACUGGUACUGACGUUGAGCUGUCAAAACGGCACCACAGGAAAAAAAAAAAGAAUCAGACAUUGCACUGCUUUGUUUCAACAGACAGGAUCCACGCUGCCACAGCGGCAAUUCUCUCUCCUUUUCUUUUGAAUCGUCUCGAAUCAGAUCGACUCAAAUCAUAUCACGGCCCUUGCCUGCCUGCCUGUCUCGUUUGCCCUCACACAUUCCUAUGUCUGCGGCCCUUCUUCGACUCAUCCCUGGGCGGUCGUCUCCAUUGAGCAGUGACAGCCGGUAGCAGUGGCCGGUGUCUACCAGUAACUUGACAGCGGUAGUAAUCACAGUAACCGCCUUCUCGCAUCUGCUUGCCGGGUAUAAAAUCGGGAAGAGCGUGUCCUGAAUCGCAAUCUCUUCCUCCUUCACUCGCUAGCAUCGAGAUUUGUUGUAGACGAUCUCAACCGCCAAUACCUUUCCACAAACCCGUUUUUGAAUACAACACUGGCAUAUCGUAUCGUGCCGUGCUGUAACCUAUCGUUCCGCAGCGCUCUUUUUUUUUUUUUUCCCCUUGAAUCUUCCUAAGUGGUAUUGUUGACCCUGAGUCGUGGAAUUGUUUUGUGCGUGCUGGACCCUGUUAACCUUGGAAGUAUAGUCACACACUCCUCCGAUUUUGCAUAACGACAUUGGAAAAACGAAUACUUGGAUUGAUUGAUGUCCUUCGAUUGCCGUGAUGGAUCCCAAGAAUGAUGCUCCCGCGCAUGGAGCCGUAGUCGAUAUCGGCGGCAGCAACAUGUAUGACGGCAUCGGCAAGCGAUUGCAAGAGGCCCUCACGGCUCCAUACUCUCCAACCUCCAAACCCACGCUGCCCGACGAAUUACUGUACGACGAUGUCGGGUUGCCGAUCUGGAAUCAGAUCAUCUUCACCCCUGAAUUUUAUCAGACUCAUGACGAGAUUGCCUUGUUUGAUAAGCAUGGCGCCGAUGUUGCUGCGCGAUGCCCAGCUGGUGUCACAAUUAUCGAUCUAGGAGCUGGUGACACUCGCAAGGUUGGUCACCUUCUCGCAGCCUUUGAAAGGGACAAAGUUCCCGCCAAGUACCUCGCAUUGGACAUCUCCAGAUCGUCGCUGAAUCACAAUGUCAAAUACCUCGUGGAGCAGCACCCGAGCCCUGAGUCUUCAGUGACCUGUGCUGGUAUCUGGGGUACCUUUGGCGAUGGUAUGAGCUAUAUCCAAAAGAUCUCGACACCUCGUCUCUUCCUCUCGCUAGGUUCGGUUCUCUGCAACGAUCCUUGGCCUGAAGCACUCGCUCACCUGAAGUUCUGGGCCGAUGCCUUGCGACCUGACGACCUGCUUCUAAUUGGAAUGGACGGCCACACUCUUCCCAACAACAAGGAGAAGAUCUGGAACGCCUACCACUCUUGCGAUGACCUCUACCACAAGUUCUUCUUGAAUGGCUUCAAGCAUGCCAAUCGUCUGGCAGGGGAGGAAUGGUUUCGUGAGGAGGAUUGGGAACUCCUCGCGCAAUUGGAGGAUGAGCCCACUACUCGUCAUCGCUUCUUCUUCCGGGCCAAGAAAGAUGUGAAGCUUAAGAAGAUGAGCCGCAUCAUCCAGAAAGGCGAAGAGUUCGACUGGUUUGAUUCUCACAAGUACGGCGAAGAUAACGUGCGCCUCAUGUGCUAUAAGGCAGGACUGAGCGUAAUCGAUGUCUGGCAGGCCCCAGGAUCGGAGUUCCGACAAUAUCUCGUUCGUCGUAAGGACAGCAAGGACCAGCGAGACGACGCCGACAGUGCCGUCUCAGGAGUCAGUUACUAAUCUGUCUCCGCGGCUGGCCGCUACUAUCACAUCUAAUUCCUAAAAGAAUUUUCACCAAAAAGGCGGGCAACUAUUGCUGAGAAUAUCUGCGGACAGUACCUUUUUACGAGUAAGGGAAGGCAUUGUAAUCCCAAAAUGGAUGGGCAGACCAAAGUUUUGUUCGUUGCGUUUCGUCAGGUUAGGCACAGGGUUUCCUCUUCUGCUUCGAGGACCUUUGCAACAAGGUGUUCCCACCAAGGGUACCUCUUACCGAUAGAUUUGGGGAGAGCAGUUGGAUCUCGUGGGAUUUGUACUUCUUUGUCAAUCCACCCCCAGAUGCGCAAAAGCGCGUCGUAUAAGGGGGGGACGCUCUGAGGUGACAGGUAAUUAGCCCCUAAUUCUGCAACUAGAGUAGGUAAUGUUGGGUGCAGUAGACCUGGGCAAGGGCAGAACCAGCCUGCGUCUUGCCAUAGAUUACUAAAAAUGGGAGGUUUGCGUUUCUUUCUUUGCACUUACACUGCGGACUGGCGUUUGAACCACUUGUUCGAACCAAUCCAUUGAAACAUCCUUGUGUACAGGUUCAGUAGCGAGUAAGCCCAGGAAAAACACUGGUAAUAGGGGUGCUUGAGCUGUAAAGUGAGACCCCGAUGUAGGCAUAAUUCGUAUGCAACGGGCAAG